AUGCCUUCGACACCAACCUCUCCGCCAGGCCCGGCUCAUGUUCGAAAAUAUGUUCAUGAAACCUCGCAGCCUUCGAACCCGUUCUCGCGGUUUUUAACACAAUCUUACUGUAUCAUUCCAAGCUUUACUUUGGAGUCCGGUGUAACUUUAAAGCAAGCCCCGGUUGCUUACAAGACAUUUGGCGAACUCUCUUCAUCCGGUGAUAAUGUUAUGGUCGUUUGUCAUGCACUCACAGGAGGUGCGGAUGUUGGAGAUUGGUGGGGGCCACUCGUUGGCCCAGGAAAAGCUCUUGAUACCUCAAGAUUCUUCAUUGUCUGUUUGAAUAACCUCGGGAGUCCAUACGGCUCUGUUAGUCCGGUUACGACGAAUCCGGAGACGGGGGAACCAUAUGGCCCAGAAUUCCCUUUGACUACCAUUCGCGAUGACGCCAGGAUUCAUAAGCUAGUGCUUGACGAUCUUGGUAUCAAACAGGUUGCUGUUGUAAUUGGGGGAAGCCUUGGUGGUAUGAUUGCCCUCGAAUGGGCUUAUUUCGGAGCAAAAUACGUUAAGAAUGUCGUAGCUCUAGCGACAUCUGCUAGGAAUUCUGCGUGGUGUAUCAGCUGGGGGGAAGCUCAGAGGCAAAGCAUUUAUAGUGAUCCUGUCUAUGACGACGGUUAUUACGAUCCAUUGCAUCAGCCAGUUGCUGGUCUUGCUGCGGCUCGCAUGAGUGCCCUUUUGACCUAUCGCUCUCGCAAUUCAUAUGAAUCACGUUUUGGACGAAAUGCGCCAGAUCCAUCUCGAAUCACACAUCAGAGUGGUGUGAGACAGCCUUCAAGUCCUUCCGAAGAGCAUUGGGCGAACCACAACGAAGGUUUUCGGGCGGGAAGGAAGCUUCAAUCAGCUCCAGGGUCUCCUGUUUCCUCUAGAGGGUCUAAUGGAGAAUAUAAUGGACGGCACAAAAGCCCAAUAUUCUCUGCGCAGACCUACCUCCGCUACCACGCCGACAAAUUCGUCAAACGUUUCGAUGCCAAUUGUUAUAUUGCCACAUCUAGAAAGAUGGACACUCAUGAUGUGAGCCGUGGAAGGGCUGAUAGUAUUCCUGAGGCGCUUGCGAUGAUUGAGCAACCUGCUUUGAUCGUUGGGAUCGAAAGUGAUGGGCUGUUUCCGUUCUCGGAACAACAGGAGUUGGCGGAAUAUAUCCCGAAUGCGCAGCUGAGUACAAUCUAUAGUCCAGAGGGGCACGAUGCUUUCUUGAUCGAAUUUAAAACUGUGAAUGAGGCAAUUCUUGGGUUUAUGAAUGAAGUUAUGCCGGAUAUCAUGGAGAGGGAGGUAAACGGGGCUGUCAACGGGUCGUCCAAUGCUGGUGCUUGCGAGGCUAAAAAGACAAGCUUUUUUGGAGCGGCGGAGGUGGAUAUUGUUUCUUGGUAA